UCAUUUUGCAUUCAAAGAACCACCUCAGUUCUGAUGCCUUCUUCCUCUAUUGAAGAUGGGGGAUAUUAGCUACUUAGACACCAUAUUGGUGCCUACAAGCCUUUUCCUCUUAAUGGGUUAUCAUGCCUAUCUAUGGCACAUCUUCAAGAAAAAUCCCUCUUCCACCUCCAGUGGGGCUGACAGAAGAGCAAGUAGUAUGUGGGUUCUAAGUAUACAACAGGAUUAUGAGAAAAAGGGUAUACUGGCAGUCCAAAGCUUGAGGAACUCUCAGAUGAGCACCAUACUAUCUGCUACCAUGGGUAUUAGUGUGUAUAUCGCAUUGGCAGCUCUAGCAAACAACACAUAUAAUGCAGCCCACAUCCUGAAAAACCCUUUCUUUGGUACACAAUCUGCCUUGCUAAUAGUUCUAAAGUUCAGCUUGGUGUCACUCAUUCUAUUACUUAGCUUCUUGUGCUCCACCAUGGCACUUGGAUUCUUGAUUGAGGCUAAUUUCAUUUUAAACUUGUCAACUGAUGAUUUUUUGCCUGGAUACCCAUUAGCAGUAUUUGAUCGAGGUUUCGUGUUAGCUUUUCUUGGCAAUCGGGCGUUAUGCGUUUCUUUUCCUUUGUUGUUAUGGAUGCUUGGCCCUGUACCUCUUGUUUUAUCAUCUGUAGCAUUGGUUUGGGUACUUUAUAAGUUUGAUUUUGUUGGUGAAGGCAAAAAGGAAUUGUUGCUUUUGUGAAAUAAGUUGCAGGAAAUGUACUGUAAUUAACUUUCAAGGAAAUUGCAUUUAGGAGAGCUUCUCCCCAAAUUAUAGGUUCCACUUUGAACAGAGUUUAAACCAUAGUGGUCUUCCAAAGCUUGCUCUCCCAAUGGUUUUUUCUAACAUACUUGUGGGGGAGGCAUUGGCUAUUCGGGAAGGGCUUUUGGAGGCACUCUCAUACGGGACAGAAAAGGUCGUUGUGGAGCGAUAAUAAAGAGGUGGUGCCUCGCUUGCAGUCGGCUUCUCUGGAUACCCCUUUCUCUAUUAGAUCUCUUUUGGAGGAUAUUCAACAUAAUCUUCCCAUUUUGUUGAUUCUACUUUUGUUUAUAUUCCAAUGGCUAAAAGCAUUGUAACAAAUUCCAUUGCUAGAAGGCCUUGUAAUUGAUGAAUAUGACAAUUUGGCCCAAUUCCAAUC